AUGACGGGCGGCCGAGACCCUGCGAAUGACGGCUGGGAGCUGGGCGGCAGCAAGCUUCCGAAGUUGCCUGGGCCGCUUGGCGACAUCUAUUACGCUGAUUCCUUCAUCUCCGAGGAGGAGGAGACCCAGCUGAUGCACUGCGCCGUCCACGAGAAGGUGCCGCCGUGGACGACGCUCUCCGGCAGGCGCUUGCGCGUGUACGGUGGCGUCGUGGGCAAGCGCGGGCUCGUGGCCGACCCGCGCGGCCUGCCCAGCUGGAUGCAAGUCCUCCUCGACCGCAUCCACGAUGGAACGCGCGCGUUCCAGGACGGAGACGGCGCGGACGACCCUGCGCCCACAACAGGCGCACCAACAACAGUACCUCCCUGUUCUCCCCCGAACCACGUGCUGCUCAACGAGUAUCUGCCGGGCCAGGGCAUCAUGCCGCACGAAGACGGACCAGCGUACCACCCGGUGGUCGUCAUCGUGUCGCUCGGUGCGAACGCGAUCCUCCGGUUCUACAAGACGCGAGACGCGAGCACAGCUGGAGCAGGUCAGGGGCCGCCGUCAACGACGGACCUGCCCGUGAUGUCCGUGUUCCUGCGGCCGCGCUCCGUGAUCGUGUUCAAGGGCGACGCGUACACGCGCCACAUGCACGGCAUCGACGCCGCGGAGAGCGAGACGGUGGACGCGACAGUGGCGAACUGCGCUCAAGCACAGGUGCAGCUGGGGGACAAGGUGCCACGUGGCGGGACGAGGCUGAGCCUGACCGUGCGGAGAGUGAACCGAAUCAUCAAGGGGCUGUCGAACCUCCUGAAAGGCAGUACCCGCGGCCCGGGCUCGCUGCAUUGA